UAAAGGACAAAAAUAAAAAAUGUCGUUCUCGUCGAGAUAAGCUGAGAUAUUCGUGGAAAAAUAAAGUGCCCCGUCCACAUGCUUGGUGAAAAACGAUCACCCAGCUGCUCAGAAAAGGUGUGCCGCCGGUGUGACGUCACACUCCUACCUGAGUUUCGGUGUGGAAAGGGAAGGACCAAAGGAGUGAGGAACAUCAGCCAUUCUGAGCUCCAGCUCUCCGCCUGUCGUUGUUAUUAGUCGCCUUUCGUCGAACCGGUAAUCGGUGAGUUCGCUUCGAGGGGAGAUUGGUGGGGAGUUUGGACCCACCGAAGCGCUGUUAUUUCCAGCUGCUGGUUAACAGGCCGACGAGAUCUCCAACUUCCUGCUUUGCCCACAGUGAGGAUGGCAGUCACCCCUCGGCGUGUCCGCCUGAAGCCCUGGCUGGUCGCGCAGGUGGAAAGCGGGCGCUACCCGGGAUUGACGUGGCUUGACCGUGAGAACAUGCGCUUCAGGAUCCCAUGGAAACACGCCACACGGCACACACCCCAGCACGAGGAUGAGGACACCAUCUUUAAGGCAUGGGCUGUGGAGACCGGAAAGUUCCAGGAGGGAGUUGACGAACCUGAUCCUGCAAAGUGGAAAGCUCAGCUUCGAUGUGCCCUGAACAAAAGCAGAGAAUUCAACCUCGUCUAUGACGGCACCAAAGAGAUCCCCAUGAAUCCUUGGAAGAUAUAUGAUGUCUGUGACAUCCCUCAGCCCCUCAGCAACCACGGCUCUUCAGAUGCUGGCCCCUGGACACCCGGGGAUGAUGAUGGUCUUGAGGAAGAUAUUCCAGAUACUCCAGAGUCUCUGCCUCCAUACCCAUCUAAUGGCACCCCCUCUCCUCUCAUUAUGUGGUCUCCGAUGGGUUCUGAGUCAUCCAUGCAGCCUCCCAGCUGUCCCCCAUCAAACGAGGUCUGGCCCAAAGAGGAGCCUGUUAAACCCUGGCCUAAAGAGGAGCCCGUGGAUGUGGAGAUGCAGCAAACGACACACGACAUGCCCCCAGUUACUCUGCCCGAUCCGUCUUUGCAGCCCCCUCCCCUGCCCGACGGCUUGUUUGCCUCUCCCGAAAUGUGGAUCAGUUCCCUUCCAAUGACAGACCUGGAGGUGCAGUUUCUUUACAGAGGGAAGGAGAUGUGUCCUACAGCGACAGUCAGCAACCCGCUAGGCUGCAGGCUGUUCUACGGAGACCUCGGGCCCAUGGUCAAUCAGGAAGAGCUGUUCGGCCCAGUGAACCUGGAACAGCUACGCUUUCCGACCACGGAGCACAUCACCAAUGACAAGCAGAGGGUCUUCACUAACCGCCUUCUGGACGUGAUGGACAGAGGUCUGAUCCUGGAGGUCAGCGGCCACGAUAUCUACGCAGUCCGUCUCUGUCAGUGCAAGGUGUACUGGUCUGGCCCCUGCGCUCCAAAUCCAGCUGCUCCGAAUCUCAUAGAGCGGCAGAGGAAGGUCAAACUGUUCUGUCUUGAGUCUUUUCUCGCUGGUGUGAUAGCUCAACAGCGUGGUCAGGCACCAAUCACUCCUGACUAUGAGAUCAAUCUGUGUUUCGGGGAGGAGUGGCCAGAUGGAAGACCCAAGGAGAGGAAACUUAUCAUGGUCCAGGUCAUUCCAGUGGUGGCCCGAAUGAUAAGCGAGAUGUUUUCUAGUGACAACACGCGAUCACUUGACAGCGGCAGCAUCCGCCUCCAGAUUUCCAUCCCAGACAUCAAGGAUAACAUUGUGACCCACCUAAAGCAGCUUUACUGCCUGCUACAGACCCACCAGAGCCCGGAAAACUGGGCGUUGCCACCUGGCUCAGCCCUGAACAUCCCCCCAGCACUGCAGACUCAGUGAAACGCGUAAACCUGUGAACUAAUAAUCACCGAUCAGCCACAACAUUAAAACCACAUGCCUUAUGUACAGUGUAGGUCUCUGUUGUGCUGCGUAAACAGCUCUUGCUCGUUGGGAAAUGUACAGGCGAUGUCUGGGUGUGUCCUGGGAUGUUGGAACUGCGUUCUUUGUGUCCUGUGUCAACUCCAUGGGCUCUUUAAUUAAAGUUACUCGAGUGGUUUUUAAGCACUUUCCACCGAGUCAUUGCCAAAGUAAUGUAGUAUUGUGUAUAGAACAACCUUUAGGGGGGAGGUACACGUCAAAGUAAGAUGAACGGGCUGAAUGAUUCCCAGCAGACUGUUGCAUUGUAGCAAUGAUGUCAUUCACAUCAGCUGUCAGUGGUUUUAAUGUUGUGUCUCAUCGGUGUUUAUCUACACUUCAUCUGACGGUUACCUACUGUAAGCAGGGAACUGCUUACAAUCAUAUUCAGAAGUGUACUCAAUACUAUAGGAUUUAUACCCUUUUCAAAUUUUCUCUAGUAUAAAUGUGCUGUGUUUGUGCUUUUCUCUAUAUAAAAGUUGUGCCUUGAA